AUGCUGCAGUUGGUUUUAUUAUCAUUAUUAUUGAGCCUGGGACUGGUGGCCACCAACGAUGAUGGCUGCAAUGAGAUGGUCUGCGGUUCGGUAGUGUCCAAGUGUCUGCUCACCCAGAGCUGCCAGUGUAAGUUGAACGAUUGCCACUGCUGCAAGGAUUGCCUGAAUUGUCUGGGCGAAUUGUACACUGAGUGCUGCGGCUGCUUGGACAUGUGUCCCAAGCACAAGGAUGCGCUAACUUCGCUUACACCUCGCUCGGAGAUUGGUGAUGUUGAGGGUGUGCCCGAAUUGUUUGACACCCUCACGGCUGAGGACGACGACGACAAUUGGUCCACCAUUCGGAUACCAAUGCGUCCCGGCUUCAAGCAGCGACUGGAAGGUGAAUCCAACCAGCUCCUGUUGGCCAGGCAUACGGCGAGCGAGAGUGUCAACUGUACGGUGAUCUAUGUGAACUCCUGCAUCCGAUCCAACAAGUGCAGGCAGCAGUGCGAGAGCAUGGGUGCCAAUAGCUAUCGCUGGUUCCACGAUGGCUGCUGCGAGUGUGUGGGUGCCCAUUGUCUCAAUUAUGGCAUCAACGAGAGUCGCUGCAGUGCCUGUCCGGAGGAACGGGAUCUUAUUGACGCUGACACUGUCCAUGCCGAUCCUGAACAGGAUCUGGAGCGUUUAUUUGGUCUUGAAGAUGACGCAAACACUGAUAUGUGGGACUAUGGCGAUGAGGUCGACUUGGAUUAGACUCAUCUCAAAAUCCCCACACUGACUAUAAUUCAGUAUAAUCAAUUGUAAAUAGGUGAAA